CUUUUGUCGCGUCAGCUCUUUAUUUUGCCGGAAGUAUUUUUUAUUGAACAGGGGGUUUGUAUUCAUGGUUUUUUUUGGGGAAAGCGUCAGAUUGAAAAUGUGUAUAUAAAAGGGUUCCACUGUAAAAUGCAAUCCGAAACCGUAAUUUCCAUUUCACCGGUGACCGACAGGCCGCCAAAACGUUUCGGCUACUAGACAGGGCGUCCUUUUUCGGGACGCCGCCCGGGGGGGCGCAAAUAUGCAACCCCCCGGCGAGCUCCCAACCCCGUGUGCCCACCUCCAACAUGUUCUCCAAAUUGAGAAGCGGAGGUGGUGGAGACAGAGGAGAUCUCCGACCACCACUCGAUACCAAUCCCAUCACCAAUCAUUACGAAGUUGGUAAACAGGUGGCCAAUGCCGGACCCGAAUUGGUUUGGAAAAUAUACGAGGCGUAUAGGAAAAGUGACGGCAAGGAAUGCUCGGUGUUUGUCUUUGAAAAACGAUGCGCCGAAAAGUUACACAAGCCGAAACGAAAAGAGACUGUUACCGAAAUUUUACGGAAUGGCAUUAAAGAAUUAGAAUUGUACAGACAUCCAAAGCUGCUUCACGUUCUGCACACAAUAGAAGAGUGCGAGAACACUUUGGCAUUCGCUACAGAGCCGGUUUACGCCAGUUUGGCCAACAUAUUUGCAUUUCAAGAGGCUGCUACCACUACGUCAUCUCCUGGAGGUACACAACAGCCACCUUUAAAGCCCGGACUCAUUCAAAGGGAAUAUAAUUUUUUGGAUAUCGAGUAUAAAUAUGGAUUGCUACAGAUAACUGAGGCAUUGGCUUUCCUACAUUUUACUGGUCACGUUAUCCAUAAGAACGUGUGUCCUGGCAGUAUAUUGGUCACGAAAAGGGGCACGUGGAAGUUGGCUGGGUUAGAGUUUAUUGAAAAGCUACAUGAUUCGCAAGAAGGACAAGAGGUACAAUGCCAACCGUGGACCUCUAGGUUAUCGAAGAUGGUACAACCCAAUUUGGAUUACAUGGCCCCAGAAUGUCAGCAGCAAUCAAAAUGUAGCAUGAUGAGCGACAUGUUUUCCCUCGGGAUGAUAAUGUGCGCCAUUUUUAACAGCGGCAGAUCCCUCAUCCAAGCGAACUACUCCAGCUCAGCAUAUUCAAAACAACUGGAAUUGAUUGACGACCAAGUUCGUAAUAUCCUACAAAGGGUUCCUGCGGGAUUACAGGAGUGCGUAUUACGAUUGGUCAAUAAGGAUAUUAGGCAGAGGCCCACGGCGCAACUGUUAAUGUUGUUAAAAUAUUUUGAUGAUCCUCUGGUGCAAGCUUUACAAUACUUGGACACCAUAAUGAUGAAGGAUCCGACCCAAAAGAGUCACUUUUAUAGAAAUACUCUUAAGGACGCUCUUCCAUAUAUUCCAAAGAAACUUUGGUACCAACAUGUUUGGCCCUCCCUUCGUCAAGAAAUGUGCUCUCAAGAAGUACUAGCAGCAGUUCUCCAGCCAGUCCUCGCAAUAGUCCAAGACUCAACAGUAGAAGAAUACGAAACCUUCAUCUUGCAUAACUUCAGACCGAUAUUUGCCGCACCGAAGACUGUCCAGGCCGCCGUCACAAUCCUGGAAAACCUCCAUAUUAUUCUGGAAAAGACCCCGAGAGAAGAAAUCAAAACCGAAGUGCUUCCGAUGCUUUAUAACGCGUUCGACAGUCCGACCAUACAAGUGCAAAAUGCCGCCCUAAUUGCCGUUACUAAUAUCUCUGAAUACCUCGACGAAAAUGCCAUAAAGAGUAUCAUACUUCCAAAAACGAAGAUAAUUUACCAGAACAAUCAGAACGAUUUAAAACUGGUGUCCAAUGUAUUGUCUUGCAUUGAGAGAAGCCUGGACCGGCUGGAUAAGAGCCAGAUUAUUGAUGAAAUUAUGCCGUUGCUCCAUGAAAUCAGACUGAAUGACCCUAUGGUUAUUUUACGAGUAGUCAAUAUUUACCGGCUUAUGCUAAGUGACAAAAAGUAUGGCCUGAGUAUCAAUCUGAUGGCCACAAAAGUCAUGCCUCACCUCAUACCUCAAACAGUAAAUCCUUCACUGAAUUUGGAGCAGUUCACUGUACUUAUAGAGGUUUUGCAAGAUAUGCUGGACCAAAUAGACCGCAAUCAAAGAAACAAGCUUAAGCUGGAUAAUCUAUCCCUACCGAGUCCCGAAAGGAUGCGACCCUUGAGACAUCAGUUCAGUUCGGAUAAUAUGCAUGUGCCACCCUUUAACAUCCCCAAUUUGAGGAUCGAGCAAAGAAAAACGUCGAGUGCCGAAGAUAUGCAAAGGAAAAAUUCCACUGGUGGUCUACUAAGUGGUUCCUGGUGGUUCGGUGCCCCAUCUUCCCCAGACUCCAACUUCCUGCGAGUAGCUAACGCAUUCCCCAACCGACGACUUUCAGAUAACACCUUGAUGACCCCAAAAAUUAGGAUAGCGCCCUCUUGCGCCUCCUCUCCAGGAGGUACUCCCGGAGGAGGUCUGCCCAUCAGGAGGCAUUCCAGCAUUGGACCACAAGAGAGAAGAGGAUCCACCGUUAAUUUAUCUCCACCUACGGGCGGCUCGAUGCCGAACACGAGCAGCAGCGUGCCAUUCCUCCUAAGCAGCAGCAUGCAAUCGAUCCGUUCGAGACGUCCGUCGGCCGCCCUCGGAGGCGGCUCACAGGGCGGCAGCAGUAAUUUGCUCCAGCAACUUGGAUCCGGCAUGGUAAGGCUUCCCCCCACCCCACCACACCAGUACCACCGCGGAGGGGGCGGAAGGGCGUCGGCCGGCCACCUCUCGCCCUCCGCCCCAGUGCGCAAGUGUCCGUCGCUCAACAUUACGUUCAGCUGAACACUAAGCCGCCCCUCUUGCCGCUGGACCGCCCUUUUAGUUAGUGCGCAAGCCGUCGCCCUUUGCCGCCCCUCGAAUCCGUACCAAAUAUUUGGUGGGCGUCAGUAAAUCUACCCUUAGGCCUUAACACUGCACAACCAACAACAGUAUUAAUGCACCCCUACCUACAACCCUUCGGUCCAGCCGUAGCAUAAUGUUAUGUUAAUGCAAAUAUGACGUCAGUACAGUAGCCGAGUACUUAAUUAAUUAAAUUACGACCUUUGAAUCAAAGGUCGUGAAGUGGCAAUCGAGCGACAAUCAGAACGAGAGAGCGAUGUUGAUAUGACCUACUAAACUAUUAGUUUCUGUAUUGUUUGUGGUGUUUUUUGUCCAAAUGCGAAGAAUAGCAGCAAAGGGUUUAUAUUAAUUAA